AUGUUCAGACUUACGGCCAACGCAUCCAAGCGCAUAAUCCGCCCAUCACCCAACGUAAUGUCGAGAAAGUCGUCGACACUCCCACCAGGGUACUCAGAGGACCUGGCGGCACCUCCGAUGCUCCGUUACCAGGCUUCGCUACCAAGAUUGCCUGUACCAACCCUUGAAUCCACCUGCGCGAAAUACCUCGAGACCGUCCAGCCCCACCUAACACCAGACGCCUUCUCCAAAACGAAGGAUGCCGUAUCAUCCUUCCUCUCCUCGCCCCUCGCCGCAGAGUUGCAGCAGCGUUUGAAGGACCGGGCAGCAAACCCAGAGACGAAGAGUUGGCUGAGCGAGUGGUGGAACGACGUGGCGUAUAUGGGAUACCGCGACCCGGUCGUCGUCUACGUGAGCUACUUCUACAUCCACGUCGACGACAAACUGCGACGGGAUCCCGCGAAGAGGGCAGCGAGUUUGGUCAAGGCGAUGUUGCCGUUCCGGGAAUUGGUCGAGAGUGGUCGCCUCGAACCUGAGAAAGUGCGGAAUGCCCCCCUAUGCAUGGACUCGUACAAAUGGCUGUUCCACUCAUCUCGGUACCCCGUAAAACCCUCCGACACCGCCGUCAAGUUCGACUCGAAGACGAACAACCACAUCGUGGUGCUACGGAAGAACCGGUUCUAUACCGUCCCGCUCUCUACCCCCUCAGGAGUCGAGUUCAGUGCCGUCGAGCUUGAGGCGCAGCUCAACGCCAUUAUCGCGCACGCCGAUGCCCAGCCGUUAGCUCCGGCAGUGGGUGCGCUAACGUCGGACAACCGGGAUCUGUGGACGGAUGCUCGGGAGGCCCUGAUUAACGCGUCACCGUCAGGCCGGAACGCCGAGACGCUGAAGAAGAUCGAAGGCGCGAUGAUCGUGCUUGCGCUGGACGAUACGAAGCCCGUGACGCGUGAGGACAUCAGCUGGCAGACGUGGGUGGGCAAUGGCAGGAAUAGGUGGUACGACAAGCACCAACUGGUUGUAUACGACAACGGCCGUUCUGGAUUCCUCGGCGAGCAUUCGUGCAUGGACGGCACCCCUACGCUACGGAUGAACGAAUUUGUGCUCGCCUCCCUCGCGCAGAACAAGGCCGAUCUCGGUUCCGCUACUCCCACCAACCCCAUUCCCCCUGUCAACGAGCUCUCCUUCGAGCUCACACCCCCAGUCCUUUCCCUGAUCGAAGGCUCCGAAAAGCGAUUCGACGAGCUCAUCACCCAGCACGAUCUACACGUCCUACACUACGAGGGCUUCGGAAAGAACUUCACGAAGCACCACAAGACCUCGCCCGACGCCACCGCACAGCUCAUCAAACAACUUGCAUUCCACAAGAUGUUCGGCCGGCCCGGUGUCACAUACGAAAGUGCGCAGACGCGUAAAUUCCAGCUUGGACGGACGGAAGUGAUCAGGAGCGCAAGCAACGAGAGUAAAGCGUGGGCUGAGGCGAUGCUGGAUCCUAAGGUCACAGACCCCAUCCACCUCCGGAGCCUCUUCCAGCGAGCAGCCGCACGACACAUCCAAUAUUCGACAUGGGCCGCUGACGGACAAGGCGUCGACCGCCACCUCUUCGGUCUGAAAAAGCUGCUCAAACCUAACGAGCCCCUCCCCUCGAUCUACACCGACCCCACCUUCGCCGCCACCUCCCACUGGGAGCUCUCGACCUCACAACUCAGCUCGCCAUACUUUGACGGCUGGGGCUAUGGCGAGGUCGUGCCAGAUGGGUACGGGCUAUCGUAUGCCAUUGGCGACAAUUAUAUCCGCUGGACGAUCACGAGCUUGAAGCGGCGCACGGCGGAGCUGAGGCAUUAUUUAGCGGAGGCGGCGACGGAGGUGAAGAACAUGCUGCAGGCAGCGGAGAAGAAGGAGAAGGAGGCUGCAGGGAAGAGCAAGCUCUGA